UAGGCUAGCAAGCAUACUGUCAUCAGAACACCGCUCUCCCUCUCUUUUUACUCUUAUCUCCUGCGAGUGACAAUGAAGAUGAUGAUGAUGAUGCGACGGUUACCUCCAACUACGAUUACUCUAACAUCAGCAUUUUCAUGUCGUUUUACUUCUCCCAAAUUCUUCCCUGACCAAAUAAUAAUCUCCUCAAAAUCAACUCCCUGUUACCCUAGAAUUUCCCUCCUCGCCACUUUGUGCUCCGCCUCUCAAGUUCCUGACCCAAUCAUUGAACAAGACUCUUCAAAACGUGGUCCUUUGAAACCUGGCUUGUAUUUAGUUGGAACCCCCAUUGGAAAUCUCGAAGAUAUUACCUUGAGGGCUCUUCGUGUAUUAAAAUCUGCUGAUGUGAUACUGUCAGAAGACACAAGGCAUUCCGGGAAGUUACUUCGUCAUUACAACAUCAGAACUCCACUGCUGAGUUAUCAUAAAUUUAACGAGUCUCAAAGAGAGCAACGGGUGUUAAGGAGGUUAAAAGAGGGUGAGAUUGUGGUGCUGAUUAGUGAUGCAGGGACGCCAGGAAUCAGUGAUCCCGGUGCGGAAUUGGCGAAGUUGUGCGUCGAUGAAAAUAUUCCUGUUAUUCCAAUUCCAGGGCCUUGUGCGGUUGUUGCUGCGCUCUCUGCUUCAGGCUUGGAUACUGAUGAGUUUACAUUUGUUGGAUUUCUUUCCAAGCAUGCUCCUUCCAGGAGAGAGAGGCUGACAGCUUCUGCAAAUGAAGCAAGAACACAAAUAUUCUAUGUUCCUCCGCACAAGUUUUCUCAGUUUCUCGAAGAAUCUUCAUUGCUUUUUGGUGACUCGAGGCGGUGUGUCAUGGCUCGAGAAAUGACAAAAAUACAUGAAGAGUUUUGGCGGGGAACUCUGGGGGAGGCCAAAGUACGUUUUUUGAAUCAAAAACCUAAGGGGGAGAUGACACUGCUAAUUGAAGGCAGGACAAAUUGUUUGGUUGAAACUCCGUCAGAAGAUCAGCUUGAGCAUGAAUUGGGAGAAUUGAUCUCCCGUGGGCAUACUCUUUCUACGGCAGUGAAAUUGGUGGCUGAAGGAGCAUCAGUGAAGAGAAAAACAUUAUACUCGCUGGCAUUGAAGAAGUUUGGGAAACAACUUGAAGCGGAUGAUAAUUCAAAUUAGCUCAUGUCACUUGCAUUGAAGAGAUUUUGUCAUCGCCUUAUUGACUUCUUGAGUAGGGAUGCGAGUUAUAAUCAACCUCCGCAUUUCCCCCUUGCUUCCUGAAGUCAGCAAGCGUACCAUUGUUGGAACAAAUUGGAGAAAAUAUUUUUUUCCUCAGAAGUUGAGAGAGGGCAAAGUGAACUGCUCAGAGGUUAUUGCAGGCAUGAUAUUGAGGUCCAGGAGCAAGACUUUUUUAGCCAAGAGGGUCAAGGGAGCCGUGAACAACUUAUACAUGAAGGUACUUCAUAUUGGCCGACUUUUUGAGUGAGAUUUCUUACAUGUAUCGGCACCUUUGUCCACCUUGCUGGCUUUUGUUUAGGUGGGAGACACUCUGCAUUUUGUGGGUUCACCACCAGCUUGAUUUUUUAUAAACUGUUUGCUGAAUAAAACUUGACCAAGACAUUGAUUACCAAA